CGUUUAGAAAGUUUAUCGGUGCCGCAUAUUCCUCAAGAGAACAAUAUUAAGAACCGUGGUUGUUCUUGGUUAUCUUUGGUCAAUUGUUGUUUGUUAUCCGCACUUUGGUGAUGUCGCUACUAGAGAGCUUUCCUCCAAUUCGUGUAAUUUGCAUGUCGCCAGUUUCAGUCUGUCGAAACUGAUCUUUUCAGAGAUAUUGUGCAGGUUAAGAUCAACGCAUCGUGAAAUUGAAAUUCGAAAUCCGCGCUUGGAUUACGUUCAGUUCACCGUCGACUUCAAUUAUUAUUAUUUUUUUUAAUUUUAAAUUCGAAAUUAAUUUUUAUUUUUAAUUAAUAGAACUGAUACAUAUUUAUAUUGAGUGUUGUAUCUGGCUGUUAAGGAUUUCUACCCACACGAAAGCAGGUGCAUAUUUUGCGAAAGUGUCAUGUGUUUCUUUGGAAAAGUGCUGUUCUAGAUAAUAACGAGAAUGAAUAGGCCGUUAGGCCUUUGGAUACUUUUAUCAGCAGGUAUUUUAUGGUUUUAUACACAAAAUGUUCAUGGAGCGAGAGCGACUUCUUUAAUUUUUGGAAAAUCGUCAACCACUAGUACCACUACAAGUCGAACAACCACAUCUUCAGAAGACAAAACAGAAGAAGAGCCUGACACAACAGAAACAGAUGGCGAAGCAAGUGGCAAUAGUACGAAACCUGUUCUUACAGGCAUACCACAAAUAGACUAUAUAUGGGAUCCAAAUCUUCCCAAAGAACUGAAUGGAUACAACUUAUCCGACUAUCCUUUUUAUGAAAGGGUUCCGGCAAAUAUAACCUUCAAGUGCGAUGGAUUACACGAUGGAUUUUAUGCUAGCGUACUACACAAAUGUCAGGUUUAUCAUCACUGUCUUUCUGGCACAAGAUUCGACUUUCUAUGUGCCAACUACACGGCUUUCGACCAAAAGACAUUCAUUUGCCACUUUGCUUCUGAAGUAGACUGUAACAAUUCAAAAAGGUUUUGGCACAGGAAUGAUGCACUUUAUCAAGCUGCAUCAACUACUACAAGUAAGCCAUUGGUUAUUCACACAACUCCUCCUCCACCACUCCAACCAGCAGGCGGUGCACCUGCUGUGGCACCUCCUGUUCCUGGAUUAGGUCAAAGGAGAGUAGUAGGAAGACCUUAUCGAAGAAGGAGACCUUACUACGAAUACUAUGAUGAUUAUUACGAUGAUUUUUACUACGAUGACAGACCUAGAUCCAGAGGAAGAAAGAGACCAAGACCCCGACCAAGGCCUUUAUAUGACGACGAUUAUGAAGAUGAUUACGAGGACGAAAGGUAUGAAAGGAGGGGUGGAGGAGGACGUAGGAACGAGAAUAGAAGACCGUCUAAUAGAAGACCUAACAGGGGAAGGAACAAAGAUAGGCCGCGGUAUGAUUAUGACGAUGAUGACGAAGAAGUCGAUAAGUAUGAAGAAGAUUCAAGUCGAAGAAAGCCCUUAGAUUCUAACAAAAAAUCACAUUCUAAAACAAGACCAACAGAUAACAUAAGCAAAGAAAAGAAGGAACAGAAAGAACCAAAACCAUCGCCUAAAACAGAAACAAAAACAAUUAUAAAACCAGUCAGCGGAACUAUCUACGAUCGACCUAGAGUAGCUCCAAAAAUUAAACCACCCGUCCCGAAAAAUGAAGCAAAUAAGUACGCUUACAAACCGAUAUCUACAACAGCAACAACUUAUAAGAGUCCAGAAUAUGAAGAUUCGUACGAAGAAGUUACACCAAAGAAAAACGAAAGUACAAGUAGGAAGAAACAGACUAUUCAAGCAAACAAAUCUACAGAAAGUAGCGAAUCCCUUUCUUAUAAAAAUAAAAAGAAACCUACUGAGGAUUAUUACUACGAUUACGACGAUGACGAAGAAUUUUAUUCCAAUAGUAAAGACACCAUGAAAGAAAAAGAUAUUCGUAAGAUGUCGACCACUAGUACUUCCACUACAAGUACUACGACCACCACAACCACUACUACUUCAACUACUCCCCAUCCAAUCGAAAUUACCGAACCCUUACCUCAAUUAGACCAACCUGUAAUAAUCAGGUUGGUUAAGAGGCCAUUUUUACCGAGCAGAGGUGGUAAUCCUUACUCGUCAAGAGGACUACAACCUGUAGGAACUCGCGCUUUAAUGCAUGUUCCAGAAAUUAGUACAGAACCGAAAUUCGAAACUGACUUUAGACCCGUAGGUCCAGUAUUGGAGAGUAGAAACCGUGAUAAUAGAGAAGAUUAUUCAAUGGAUUCAACGAAAAAGUAUGUACAGAAGGAUUAUGAAGAGAGGAGAGUGCCACAAGCUCCUAAACCGCAGUACAAAAAUCCCCUUGAUAAUGUUGAAGAUUACGAUGUUACUCUUAACGAUGCAUUGAAUCCUACAUUACCAAACCUCCCUGUUCGAGGUUAUCCUACUGGUUUUGAUGUUCAAAGCGAGUUCGCUUACAAUAACAAUUAUCAAAGGAAUAGAUUCCCUUCUGACCAGACUGUAGCACCAACAAAUUCUGAUUAUGUAUUAAAAAGUAAGCCGCAAAGAUACGAGAAUCCACAAAGUAGUCGAGGAAGCAUUAGAGAGCAGCCUGUACAAUCUAAUGCUAAUUAUCGAGGAGGGUAUUACAGUGUGAUAGAAGAUAAUUACAGGCCUAGACAAAUUCAAAAUACUCAACUUUAUUAUACGAGAUAUUGAUUUAUGCUCAAGAGCCAUAUGAAAUUACGUCUAAUUUAAAUUUAGUUAGAUUAUAUUUUUAAGAAUAGAAAUUCCGGUGU